UGAGACACGUCUUGCAGUUCAGUGUUGGGCACUAGGUCACCUGGUUGCGGAGCAUGUUUGCCACUCACAGAAGCAGUUUGACUGAUGUGCGUGUCGGGCACGUCGGCCAUCGCCUCAGCCAUCAACUGAGUGUCCCUUCCGAACAGAUCCCGAAGAAUGGACCGCCAAGUAACAGCGUGCGAAGAAGCAGCAGCAAUAGCAGCAGCAAGUUGCUGUCCCUGUCCUUCAGCGAAAGCAUGCGGAGUGACAUUGACCGUUACCUGUCCAACCAGGGCCUUUACCCUUUGCGGCAGGGAGGUGGGGAACUGGGCGAGAUCAGGAGCCAGCGUGAGGUACGGGCAGCUGCCCAGCUCAAAAACCUGGAGGAUUUCUUGCGGACCAAUGGAGAAUCUCUACAGGAGUCCAUCUCAUUCCAGACUGGCAUGAGUUACAGGAACCUUGGAAAAUCUGGUUUACGGGUAUCAUGUCUAGGGCUGGGCACCUGGGUGACCUUUGGUGGUCAAAUCACAAAUGAGGUAGCUGAGCAGCUGAUGACGCUCGCCUAUGAGAAUGGCAUUAAUCUGUUUGACACAGCUGAGGUGUAUGCUGCAGGGAAGGCUGAAAUGGUUCUCGGCAGUAUCAUCAAGAAAAAAGGAUGGAGGCGCUCCAGUUUGGUCAUCACCACCAAGAUAUUCUGGGGUGGAAAAGCAGAAACGGAGAGAGGCUUGUCCCGGAAACACAUAAUAGAAGGUUUAAGAGCGUCACUCGAGAGACUGCAGUUAGAGUAUGUGGAUGUAGUGUUUGCUAACAGACCCGACCCCAACACACCAAUGGAAGAGACGGUGCGAGCGAUGACCCAUGUGAUAAACCAGGGAAUGGCCAUGUAUUGGGGCACCUCCCGUUGGAGUUCUAUGGAGAUUAUGGAGGCGUACUCAGUGGCACGGCAGUUUAACCUGAUCCCACCCGUCUGUGAGCAGGCUGAAUAUCACAUGUUCCAGAGAGAGAAAGUGGAAGUUCAGUUGCCUGAGCUCUUCCAUAAAAUAGGUGUGGGUGCCAUGACAUGGUCUCCACUGGCCUGUGGGAUCAUCUCAGGGAAGUAUGACAGCGGUGUGCCUCCUUACUCCAGAGCCUCACUCAAGGGCUACCAGUGGUUGAAGGACAAGAUCCUGAGUGAGGAAGGCCGUCGUCAGCAGGUGAAGCUGAAAGAGUUGCAGGCCAUUGCAGAGCGGCUGGGCUGCACGCUGCCCCAGCUGGCCAUCGCGUGGUGUCUGAGGAAUGAGGGGGUGAGCUGUGUGCUGCUGGGGUCCUCCAGUACUGAUCAACUGAUGGAGAACAUAGGAGCUAUUCAGGUUCUUCCAAAAUUAUCAUCAUCAAUUAUACACGAAGUGGACAGUAUCCUAGGCAACAAGCCCUACAGCAAAAAGGACUACAGGUCCUAAAGGAAUGUCAGUGACACUGUGUUGACCUGCGUCUUUCUCUGAGCUUUGACCUAAUAAAACAUUGGCACAUGGGGCCAGCAAUAUCAGAGGUCCCACCGGAGACGCCAACUUGCACACUACAUGGAGGAUGCUGAUAUUAGCCUGAAAGAAGUGGCAGAACUGCACAGGCUAAAGCAUGCUCACGUUCAAAUCAGCUAUGCCGGCUCAAUAAGCAGAGUGCCGAUCUGACCUUUAAGAAACCACUGAAAUCAAACGCACUAGCUCACUUGCUCCUCCCACUCGUACUAUAGUACGCACUAAAAGAGCUGCAGUAUAUUUUAGGGUUCCAGAUUUUGUACUAAAUGCAUGACAUUCACUGGCCAAUGCACAAGCUGUUUUCAUAUUCAUUGGAAAAUAAUACAUUUGCAUACACUAAUGGGGGAUUCUAAACAUAUAUUUCCAGUAGUGGUACUGAUGAAGCACUUCAGUUACUAGUGAAUGCAGAAAUUUACAUAACUGAACAAGGCUGAUUAUAAAGUAUUUUUAUGUCACUUAUUGUCGUUGGCGCUGGUUUUAUGUACAUGUUAAAACAUCACUGCAUUGAUAUCCAACAUACUGCUGGUUUCCAAGGCCUCAUCUAUAAUACCAGAUGCAUUUUAGUUUCAAACAUGAAGGCAAAGUUAGUUAACUCCUAAAAUUUAAAUGUUCAGAGCUUUCCCAAUUUCAGGAAUUAACAUAUAGUUUGCUAUCAGACCGUAGCUUUGGGUUAUGAGACUGACAGAAAUCUUAAAUAUACUGUAAAAUACAGGCCUCUACAAAUGUGCAAUAUCUAAAAGAGUUUUUUUAACCCAUUGUUUGAAUUCAUUAUAACUUUUAAAACGUUUUCUAAGAAUCGACUGGCCUAAAACAGCGAUUAGUGGUUAACUGUAUACUCAGAUGUCACAGUGCUUCAACCAAAGAAUUCUCUGUCGUCUGUCCUGUUGUUCCCUCUUAACAACCUCUUUUUAUUUGGAAUGUCUUUGCACUUGAGCUUUGGUGCAUAGGUGAAGGAAGGCACUUGGUAAUAUGGUGAAAUGUUGUGUGUUGCAUCAUGUACCAACUGUUCUCAGUUGAUGGAUUGCCUUAAUGUUCUGCAUUAUAGGUGGUUUUCAGUGCAGAAUGUCUUUAUUUAUUUGUUUAAAUUUUGGGAUAUUCAGUGAUCCAAAUAAAAUUUAGUGCACUGGAUUUUAUAUUUAUCUAUCCGAGGCUAAGUAUUCAUACCAGACACUGUUUGAAGGAUGGACUGCAUUGAUUUUUGUUCGUAUUUGAAAGUUUUACUUAUAGAAUUUCACCUUUUAUUUUUUUUUCUAAAUGUAUUUUCUUGUCCUCUUAUGUGUUUAGUGAAGAAUGCUGUCUUCUCAUUUGUUAUGUUCUUGGCCAAUGGCGCCAUCAAUUGAGAGAAAGAGAACACACUGGCCAGAAAUAAAUCUCUCAGAUAUAUAUGUAAUCAUCAACAAGCACCACCCCAUUAAUGAAACACUACAAGCUUUAAAUUUACAUUGAUCAUGGUGGAAAAAACUAAAUCAGUAGGCCUACAAGUAAUUACUACUUUAUGCUAAUAUUUGCAUUAAUAUUAAUUAACUAAUAUUUUAUUUCGUAAUCCAAACAUCAGAUCUUUGCAAGUACAAGUUAUUACACUAUAUGCUGUUAUUACGCAUGUGUUUUCCAUAAAACAUUAUUCUAGUAGAUGUGUCUAGAACUGAUAAAUCAUAUGUUACUCAGACAUGGACAUUGUGUAUAAGUAAGUGAUUUGAACAGCAUUCAUUUGCUGUCUAAGAAUUAAUAGAUGAUAUGCCUUAUGCAGUACUAAUGCUAAAUACUCAGUGCCGGAGCAUGUGUUUCAUCUGUACCAACAGAAUUAUCUAUUACAUGCAUUAUGGCAUUUUAAGGCCAUCAGUGGUGAAUUGUGUGCAUAAGCUGGUAAGGGUUACAGAGCUUUAUAAAGAGGCUUUAUACAUUCAUUUAUGUAUUAUCAUCAUAAUUAAAUGCUAAGAUUAAAAAUUUGAUUAAAUACCUUAUUAAAUGCAUACAAUGUGAAGGUCAAUAUUUCGACAGGUUUGUGUCAAGACCGUUCAAAUUAUUCUGAAUGUUUAUCAAAUUUAUUGUGUAUUGUACAUUUUCAAAGAUUUCAAUUAAAUCUAAACAUUGCAUGUAGCCUACAUACUAAUUCAUUUUUAAAAUGGUAUUUUACUUUAGUGGGUAACACUUUACAAUAAGGUUCCUUUCGUUGACAUUUGGUUUCAUGAACUAAAAAUAACAAUAUAUGUUUACAGCAUUUAUUAAUCAUUGUUAAUCUUAGUUAAUAAAAAUACAAUUGUUCAUUGUUAGUUCAUGUUAGUUUAUAGUGCAUUAACUAAUGUUAACAAAUACAACUUUUUAUAAGAAAAAUGUAUAACUGCUGGAUAUUUUGAAAUUAACAUUAACAAAAGUAUUUUUAAUUGUUAGUUCAUGUUAACUAAUAUAGUUAACACAUUUGAACAAAUAAAACCUUAUCGUAAAGUCUGAAAGUGUUGACCUGUAGAUGUAAUGUAAUGCUGUUUAUGAAGGUUAUGAUUGUUGAAUGAGCUACAUUAAGACUCAGGUAAGCAAAAUGCUGAGCUGAACAUAUUGUAUUAAACUAGAACAAAGCAGAGUGAAUUGUUACAUAUGGGUUUUUGAAGUAGCAUGUUAACCAAAGGCCACUUCUCUCUAUGUGAUAGAAGUGGCAAGCUUUGCUUAAGUAACUAUUAGCUGAGGGUCAUCAUAAAUGCUAUGUCCUUGUAUUUGUCAUUCAUAUGUUGAGUAAAAUCAGGCUGUCUGCAUCUUUCAUAUGGAAUGUUGGUCAUAUGUGUUUAUCUGCUGUGGUGGACCUUGUAUGAGCUGCUGUAAUUAUAUGUCCCUCGGGAAGACAUAGAUCAUGAGGAAAUCGCAAAUUGUACACCACCAUGUAUAUAAGCCUUGUUGAUAUGAGAAACUGUUGGUGCACACAAAUUCAACCUUUUAAAACAGCCUAAUAUUUAACAAAACAACAAAGUCAAAAAGUAUUUUCCUAUAUGAAGUCAUUGAGGAAAUAAAGUCAAAUACUUCUGCUGUAAAGUGAUUAAAAUAAUAAAUAAAGUGUCCAAUAAUGUCAACAGAAGUAACUCUAUGUACAUUAAUUCAGAUAACUUUGAAUAUAAUGUUUUGAAGUGGAUUUGAUAAGAAUAGACUGUUUUUGGUAUGACCUUUUAUUCUGACUAUUAUGUAUUAUACUGACCAUUACUGUUAAAAAAAAUAAUGUGGAUUUGUGUAUAUACAUAAUAGAAUGAUUUAAUAAUCUGUAUAUAACCUGAUUCUAUAUAUAUACUAUACUGGUUUUAAUUAACAAUAUCACUUUUGCCUUGAUUUAUUUUUUCAUUGCCAAUUAUUGCUCAUGACAUUGUGCUUGAAAAAUAUGUGCAGCUUCAA